AGUCGUUGACUCGAAAGCUUAUUCUGUUGCGUUUAAGAGUUUGAUAUCCAUUAUUUCCCGAACGUAGUUUUCUGACGCAUCGUUCUUUUUCAUCUCGUCGAGCCAAUGUCGUCGCAACGGUCGGCAAGUGAACUCUUACUUCAAGGCACGGUUGAAGUGCAAAGCUUUCCGUAUCACCAUCAACGGUCUCAAGCCAUGGCACCCAAAGGCGGUUGGAAGUCAGUUUUGCAUCGUUUUGCAUCGUCUCUGUUUUUUUGUUGGAUGAAUGGAGUCCUUAAGAAAGGCAGUCAGAGACCUUUGGAUCAAAAUGACUUUUUACCAUUGUCAGACGAGAACUGUGCCCGUUUUUUAACCGAAAAGCUUCGAACAAGCUGGGAAAGCAGGAAACAUUACUGUAAAAUAAAUGGGAAAAGGCCCAAACUUUGGAAGAGCGUGUUUGAUAUGCUUUCUGUCAAAGAUGUUAUCAUCAUUUUGACAGGGAGUAUAUUGUUUUUCAUAAGUCGCCUUCUCUUUUCAUUGCUUCUCGGGUAUCUCGUUUCUAGUCUUAUGUCAGCUGAGGCAGAGAAUACUUACAUGAUCUACGCCUGCGCAUUAGCUUUGUGUCUCGAUGGUUUGAUGGGUGGCCUUGGUAUCCACCAUCUAAGCUACAGGUGUGAAGUUUUGGGGAUCAAAAUAGGCAGCGCCCUAAGGGGACUUGUGUACCACAAGACGCUUCUUCUCAGCGAGCAGACGUUACUGGAAUUCACUUCAGGACGCUUAUUCGACCUGAUAUCCAAUGAUGUUAAAACAAUGGAAGAGGAGACAAUCAAGUUUUUUUUCUUGACACCUUUCGCAGUACUUUCGUAUCCGGGAACAAUAUUCCUCAUUUACUAUUUGAUUGGCUGGCAGGCUGUUAUGGGUGUGUUCCUCCUGUGUAUUCUCAUGCCAUACUUUGCCUUCUUGUCCUAUGCUAACGCUAAGCUGCGCUUACGCACAGCUACAGUGUCCGAUCAGCGAAUCUCCUUAAUGAAUCAAGUAGUUUCCGGGAUCCGCGCGAUCAAAACGCAUGCGUGGGAGGACGAAUAUCGGCGGAAAAUCGAAGAUAUACGAAGAAAUGAAAUCAACGUCAUUUCGAAGAGGACAGCCAUUCAGUCAAAUAUCGAUGCCUUGUUGUACAGUGCAACGCCAUUAGCUACUCUGGUGUCAGUAAUUACUAUGGUGCUUACGGGCCAGACUCUCACGCCCGCCAAUGUUUUUAUGCUUCUAUCGUUUAUGGGUGUUUUAAAAUUUUAUGGCAUGUUGAAUAUAACAAAUGGUUUCAUAGGAACAUAUGACGCUUACGUUUCGCUUGGAAGAAUCGAAGAGUUUCUUCUUUUAGAAAACUUAUCAGAAGCCUCGGAGGAUGAUGAAAGUAAAGAAGACCCACAAAAGGCCAGGAGUACCUUCACUAAACAGAGUCACGGCUACUCAAAAAAGGAAGCCGAAAAUGUGGAAAAUUUUUUCGAUGCUUGUGAAGCAACGGAAUUAAGGCCUACUAAUAUAUGUGUGUCUAAUUUAACCUGCACAAAAAAGAAUUGUGAAGAUGAAUUUAUUCUCCAGGAUAUCAAGUUUGUUGCACCUUCGAAGAGUUUAACAGUUAUCACCGGCCCAGUUGGAAGUGGUAAGUCUACUCUGCUUUCAGCUAUCGCUGGUGAAAUUUCCAACACGAGUGGCAUGAUUUCUUACCGAGGCAAGGUCAUUUACUUGCCUCAGACUGCUUGGGUGUUCUCGGGAACGAUAAAAGAAAACAUCCUUUUUGGCCAGCCCUUCGAGGAGUCCAAGUACGAAAGAAUAAUCGACGUCUGCACUCUGAAAGAAGACUUUCGGCGGUUACCUGGUGGUGACCAAACAGUAGUUGGAGAACGCGGCGAGAUUCUGAGUGGAGGACAACAGGCGAGAGUAAGUUUAGCUCGUGCAGUUUAUGCUGACGGAGAUAUUUAUCUAUUGGAUGAUCCACUGAGUGCUGUCGAUUUUAAAGUUGGCCAACACAUCUUUAACAAGUGCAUCAAAGAUCUACUAGGCGAUAAAAUCGUUCUGUUUGCCUCUCAUCAGCAACAGCACAUGGAAAAUGCUGAUGAAGUGAUUGUGUUGUACAAAGGGCGUGUCCUCGACAAGGGACGCUUUACUGAGCUGCACGAAAAAGGUGUAAUCGGCUCAACUGUUGACCCACCAUAUAAAGCAGCUCUGCGGAAAGACGAAACAAAAUCAUCUGAUAACUUUGCCUGGGAGAAUACAGAAAAACACGUUGAUGCCGAAAAAUGCAAGAAAAUACUUCCUCUGUCCAAUGAAGCAAGGAGCUUGGAGAUAGCAAAGGAGGAUCGUACAAUCGGAGUAGUGACAUCCAAGCUCUAUUGGGACUACUUCAGAAGUGGAGCGCAUCCCCUAAUGAUAACUGGAAUGGUUGGUUUUAUUCUCCUUACUCAAGCCAUCAUAGUUGCUCCAGACUUGUGGCUCUCGUUUCUUGCAAGGCUAAACCCAGAGGAUCAGAAUAACAAGACUUAUCUCUCUGUCUUCGCCUGUCUGGUUGGUGCGUGCUUUAUAUUUACUAUCGUUCGGGCUUAUGGAUUCUUCCAUGUUUCUCUAAAGUGCGCCGAGCGUCUUCACGAUAAAAUGGUUGUGGCCAUUUUACAAGCACCUGUCCUGUUCUUUGAUUCAAAUCCAGUGGGAAGAAUCCUAAAUCGCUUCUCCAAUGAUAUUGGCUGCGUGGAUGAUAUGCUACCUAAAACAAUCCUGUGGGCAAUGCAGAUGCUCUUACUUAUAUUUUUUCAAAUUCUCAUAACAAUUGCCACAAAUGUUUGGCUCAUUCUUGUUGUUGUUCCCAUUUGUAUGCUAGUCGUUUAUCUUUCCAAUCAUUACUUGAAGACUGCCAGAGAACUGAAGAGGUUGGAGUCUAUAUCCCGAAGCCCAGUGUUCGCUCACUUUUCGGAGACUCUGAUAGGACUGGACACGAUUCGUACAAGAGGAAGACAGACACAUUUUUUAGACACACUUUACAGAUACCAAGAUGUUCAUAAUCAGGCGUACAUUAUGGUGAUGGCCAGUGCUAGGUGGCUCGGUAUGCGCUUGGAUUGUCUCGCUUCCCUGUUAGUCGGUGCAGUUGCUGUGGCUGCAGUCUUGGUAUCUCAAGAUGCCGCUUACGCUGGUCUCGCUCUUGUAUAUGUCAUCCAAAAUCUGAGCAUGGCUCAAUACGCUGUUAGAAAAACCUCUGAAGUGGAAAACUACAUGACGUCAGUUGAGCGAGUUAUGGCCUACACCAAACUUGAUCAGGAGCCUGGAUACGAGGAAGAACAAACACCCCCAAAAGACUGGCCUCAGAGAGGAAGUAUUGUGUUGAGAGAUGUAUCAUUGACGUACUAUCCGGGGGGACCUCAAGUGCUGAAGAAUAUCAAUCUUAGCAUCAAAGGAGGAGCAAAGAUCGGCGUUGCCGGCCGGACAGGAGCUGGGAAGUCAUCUUUCGUAGCAGCUCUUAUGCGCAUGCCUGAUGCUGACGGAAAGAUAAUCAUCGACGAUGUUCCAAUUAAAGACAUAGGCCUCCAACAAGCCCGACGAGGUAUCUCGAUUCUUGGCCAAAGGCCCGUUCUUUUUAGCGGAUCAUUGAGAAAAAAUCUCGACAUUUUAGACAAGUUUCAAGACGCUGAAUUGUGGCAAGCUUUAGAGGAUGUGCAACUGAAAGAUUUUGUCGAGACAUUUGAGGCCAAGCUUGAUCACGAACUGCUGGAACAUGGCGCUAAUGUGAGUGUCGGCGAGCGGCAGUUAAUUUGCUUGGCUCGUGUGCUGCUACAGCGAAGUAAAAUCGUCGUCAUGGACGAGCCAACUGCGCAUGUAGACCCAGACACAGAGCAGACGAUCUGGAAUGUAGUGCGGGACAAACUGAAGGAAUCCACUGUCAUUACUAUUGCUCACCGUUUGAACACGAUAAAAGACUGCCAGAAGAUUUUGGUCUUAGAAAAUGGAAAAGUUAAAGGAUUUGACAAAUUUGAUUCAGUAAUGUGA